CGACGAAACCCUACUCUUUUAUCAAGCGCUCCCCCUUCUCUCAGAUCCGGAAACCUCCUCCUUCCCCAUUCCCAUAUCCCCACGGCGAAACGGAAAUGGCUCCGAGGUGCCGAGCCCCGCUUCCUUCCUCCUCCUCCUCCUCCUCCUCCUCCUCCGUCGUCACCGAAGAGCGCGACGAAGAAGAGGUCUGGAAGCCGUCGAUGGCGAAGAAGUCUCUGGAGAAGAAGAAGAAGACCAGGGCGAAGAAAGGAGCACCGGUGACGGUGGCGGCGCUGCACGCGGCGGUGGAGGCGGCGGCGGCGACACGGAUCCCGUGGACGAAGGUGGAGGCGGUGCAGAUGCUGAAGGCGGCGGAGGUGCUCGUCUCCGAGAAGGAAUCGGAGAUGACGAAGGUCAUGCGGUCCUUCGAUCAGGACAUCACUACGCUGAGAGAGAUCUUAGCCCUCCUCCGCGACGGGAUGCGCCAAUCGUUCAACUGGUGAUGCUGCUGCAGGCAUUCAGAUGGGGAGCUUUGUGGUAUCAUUCAGAAGUCACAAGAUCAAGUACAUUGUGAGGACUAUUGAUCAAACUUCACUAAUUAUCCUUCAACAAAAUUUCUUUGCUUUUAUGUUUAUUAUCUAAGUAAUUUGUAUAUAGUUUGGCAGUUGCCAAAGAAAAUGUUCUGAUAGCCAUUAGGGUUGAGGUAUAGCAGAAAGAUUUCAACCUCACUCGGUGCUGAAGUCAUCCCACAAGCCCCUUGCAACAAUAAGUCAAGCAUCUAUUAGCCGAUAACAAUUAAUUGGAUCUCAAAAUUUCCUUGCAUUAUCAUUGUGAUCUAAGAAUGGUUUGACAAGCAUAGUUGGAAUACAGAUCCUGCAAAGAGAAUUAAGCACUGAGUGUAGCUCUUUUAAUGGCUGCAUGGAAUUAAUUUGGAUUAUACUGUACUUUCGAGGAGUUCAUGUUCAGCUAUUUGCCAUAUAUAUUGUAUGUUACAAGGUGAAUUGAAGAACUAGGUUAUUGAAUUUGUAAGUCUAACGUUAUUAAAAAUUUAAUGACUCUUAAAUAAAUUUGCAUUAUUCAGCACUUUCAAAGAGCUUUUAUUUAGCUGUUUGUGAUAUGACCAUUGAUGUGGUAUGGUACAAGGUGAGAUGAAUUACUAGA